AUGGCAAACACGGGAUUAUGGACGAUAGCUUCCCCACCCGAGGAGCAACUAGUUCCUAACACUACUGACCCUGAGGACACUAUAGCCCCAGCGGUCCUAGCGGCACUCACACUCAUGGUUUUCAAGGAGGUACCCAUAGAGGAUGAGGUUAAUGGAGCUGCUAGUUCAGACUCCGCCAAGCCGACUGAGGAGGGCUACACCCCAAUAGAGCUUGAGCACAUCAGCUCUAAUUAUGACCUAGAGGAGGAUACCACUACUUUAGUGUAG